AUGGAACUUAUAGAAAGGAUUUUGAUGGAGUGGAAAAGUCUUUUUUACCCUCAUUUUCGGCCUCAUCAUAAGAAUCUAGAAGAGCCAGAAAGAAAAAAGAAAAAAGAAAAAAGAAAAAAAACACGUCUUUGUUCUUCCAAUAAUUUGGGAACAAAAAGCAAAACUAAUCUUGGAUCUCACUCUGAGUCUCUAAUGGCCCAGCAGUUGCAAAACCUCCCAGAUGUCCUGAUCAUCAAACCACCACCGGCCUUCAUAUCUUUCGAAUCCGACUUCACCCAAAAGUUCAAGAUCCUCCGAGCAUGGAAAUCACCACUCCCUCUGGACCAGUUCCUCACCAAGCACGCCCAAUCAGUCCAGGCCCUCCUUUGCCGCGCUGUGACUCCGGUCAACGCCGACCUCCUCCAGCUGCUACCGGCCCUGAAGCUCGUGGUGACUGUCAGCACCGGCGCCAAUCACGUGGACAAAGCGGAGUGCCGGCGGCGUGGGAUUGCUGUGGCCAAUGCCGGAAAUGCGUACUCAGAAGAUGUUGCUGAUAUCGCUGUUGGGUUGUUCAUCGAUGUGAAUCGGAGAAUUUCAGCAGCUGAUUGGUAUGUGAGACGUGGGCUUUGGUCUAGCAAAGGAGACUAUCCUCUUAGUUCCAAGAUAGGUGGAAAGCGUGUAGGUAUUGUUGGAUUGGGAAGCAUUGGCUAUGAAGUUGCCAAAAGACUUGAGGCCUUUGGCUGCAAGAUCUCAUACAACUCAAGGAGUGAAAGGCCAUCUUUGUCAUACCCCUUCUAUUCCAAUGUCUGUGAGCUUGCAGCUAAUAAUGAUGCUCUCAUCAUCUGUUGUGCAUUGACAGACCAAACCCGCCACAUGAUCAACAAGGAAGUCUUAUCUGCAUUGGGAAAAGAUGGAGUGAUAGUUAAUAUAGGGCGUGGGGCAAUUAUUGAUGAGAAAGAAUUGGUCAAGUGUUUGGUGAAUGGAGAGAUCAGAGGUGCUGGUUUGGAUGUGUUUGAGAAUGAGCCUCAUAUACCGAAAGACCUUGUGGCAAUGGACAAUGUUGUUCUGUCUCCACAUAAGUCUGUUUAUACCCUAGAGUCUUUCAAGAGAGGAAGUGAAGUAAUGAUCGCCAAUUUGGAAGCUUUCUUCUCCAAUAAACCGUUGAUUACUCCAGCCUAUGGAUGAAUAAAUAUGAUUCUAUUUGCCCUUUUUUGUUUGCCUGUAUUUUGUGUAUCAAAGCUAUUUUUUAACUGAACUCCUUGUUCGCAUGGAUACUGUAAUGUAUAAGGGCCCGACCCAGUUAUAUUCCUUGCCUGUCAAAUUUUUGUCACUGAAGCAAAUGAAGUGAUGAUGCUGACAGUCAUUAUUCUGUUUA